CAAAGACUGGAACGAGAUGAUCCAAGACGCCCAACGGAGGGGGAACAUCAUCAAGACCUCCAAAAACACGUACAAAGACAGCGCCAUGAAAAUCCUCAAAUCCCGGUCGUUUUCCCACUCCGCCACGGCGACUCUAGAAAGAGGCGGCCAAGGAGCCCCGGCGGUCCUCAGUGGAGCCAAACCACAGGCUCUCCCCAGCCCAGACACCCAGCGCCCUCCGGUCUCCCUUCCCACUCCGGCCGUCAAAAGGACCCCUCAAGGGACGCUCAACCACCGGCCGCCCCCUGUGGCCCAGGUGAAACCAAUCCAGGACAGACCGCAGGACCCCCGUCUCUUCCGACGAGCGGAGUCGGCGUUAAAGGCCACCGGCUGCAAGGAGGGCCAGGCUCCGGCCUCGGGACCCUCGUCGGUGCAAAAACCCUCGGGGCCUUGGACAGUUCAGAGCCAUAGAAAUUCCACCGGCGCCCUGGGGGAAACGUCAAACCGCGUCGGGCCCGUGCCUAGCGCCCCUCUGCCGAGCAGAGGCCCCUCCGCCGAGACCUCCCUCCCGACCCGGAACGUCCACCCCAGUUAUCCCCGGAGGAUAUUGGAGGUGCCCCAGGAGAAGGACAAUUCUACCGAGCCCAAGAAGAGACGCACCACUUUCUGACCUCCCAAGACCCCUCUAUUCCUUGCCAGGUGUCUUGUAUUCAAGUCUUCCCAUCACCUCUUGCCUGCAAGUCUUGAGAGAGAGAGAGAGAGUCUCUGCACACCUGGAUCUCUAUGCAUAAAUAUCCUGACACGAGGCAGAUGCGCCUUGAGAUAGCCAUAUAUUAAAAGAACUCCAAACUCUGUAAGCCUUAGGAGGCCAUGUACAUUUGUAUAGCAAAGAAAUCUUUAUUUUUUAGAGGCCGGGAAACUUCAGAGUGCCC